AUGUCAGCUCGUCCAACUACUCCCGCUUCUCCCAAGAAUGCCAAGGUCAAGUCUCCCAGCCCGGGGUCGCCAAUGUUUGGUUGUGAACAUGUCCAGCUUCUCUUUGGCCAAGGUCAGGAAGUCAUGAACAGCUCCAUCGCCCACUACAAGAUGAUCCUUCGCGGCAUCUUCGACGCCACCCCGAUCGUCCCCCAAACCUCGACCAACCAAGAAGGCCGUCCUGUCACCUCCCUCACCUCCAAUUAUCUCUGUCUACAAUGCCCGACGACCGUAUCUGAGGACGAUCGAUUAAAACAUGGAACUAAAAAGUCGCAUCGGUUCUACGUCGAUUCCCGAAGCGGAUCUCUCUAUUGCCAGAUAUGUGACGACUUGGUCUGGGAUCCCACCCUCGAGGAGCUUCGAGUGCGAAAAAUAGGAACGGGCUCUUUCACCGGUCGUAAGAGAAAGCAUGACGAGCUCUUCACCGACUCCAUUAAGGAGGACCCUCGGUACAUCUCCUCCAAUACCACCAUCGCCUCGUGCCGCGCAAACGGCCUCCGGGGUAUCUACAACGCAGGCGCCACCUGCUACCAGAAUGUCGUGCUUCAAAGCUUCCUUCACAAUCCCCUACUCCGGAAUUUCUAUCUCAGCGACGGACACCACAGUAAUGACUGUCAAGUUCCUCACUGCCUGAGCUGCGCCAUGGACGACAUGUUCCAGGACUUUUAUGCGCUCGAGAACACUAACGGGUAUACCGCUGCAAAUAUCCUGUCGGGUUUCUGGAUUUCAGAGAGAAAGGCGUUUGAAAAUCUGGUAACCACCAAGGAGCAAGAUGCUCACGAAUUCUUCCAAUUCCUGGCGGAGGAGCUUCACGAGCGGACCGGUGAUGGCAAAAAGCCUGAGAGUGGAAGCGAGCAUAGCUGCAACUGCAUCAUCCACCAGACCUUCUAUGGCAAAAUGCUGACGACGACGACGUGCCAGAAUUGCAACGGAACAAGCAAUUCCGUUCAGUCAUUCUUGGACCUGAGCUUGGGGCUGGACCACCUGGUGCAGAAACGAAUUAGGAAAACUGGCCAGAAGAAGCCAGUCCUGACAUUGAAAGAGUGCUUAGAUGAAGAGUACAUCAAGUCAGAUAAGUGUGAGUACCGGUGUAAUCAUUGCAAGGGAACUCAACAGGCGAGAAGACACACUACCAUUAAGCGUCUUCCAAACGUCCUAUCCGUGCAGCUCAAGCGCUUCGAGUACCGGCAAGGCCGGCAUGAUCGGGCAGCUUCUAAGAUCGACACUGGGGUGCGGUUUCCGCUGCAGCUCAACAUGCUACCCUACACGCAACGUGUGCGCAGUCGUGACAGCCGCGAAAAUCUAGAGCUCGAGCGAUCCUGCACCUACGACCUCUUGAGUGUGGUGGUUCACGUGGGUGAGAUUGAGACUGGUCACUACGUAUCAUAUUGCAGAGUUGGUGAUCAAUGGUUCAAAUUCAACGAUCACAAGGUGGAGCUGGCGAGCCUCUCGGAGGUCCUCGGGGCGCAAGCAUACCUGUUAUUCUACAUCAUCCGUUCCCUAGCUUGA